AAACUUUUUACAGGUCCAGGUGACAAGAAUUCGGUAGUAGGAGAACCCGCGUACAAUUAGCAGACUAGCAGUAGUGGGUGUACCCCAAAUAUUUCGAAAAAACACUCGUGGCGGAAGGACGAAAAGCGAGAGCUUAGAAAAGGUAGAAGAGGAGAGUGAGAACUUCGGGGAGUUUCAAAUUUUCGUUUUCGUUAGGUUCCAGAUUUUGUUCUGCAAUGGACGUUCUGAAGGAUCAGAUCACUUCCCUUCUUGAUCACGGCCUCCAUGACUCUGCUCAAAUGCUCGGUUGCUUCCUCGUUUCUUCGUCGGCUAUAAAUGCUGAAACAAGUCCACAUGUUAAGGCUGAAAACUUGGUGCUUCUUGGCGAUUCCUUGUAUGGCGAAAAAGAAUAUAGGAGAGCAAUUUACAUGUAUAAGCAAGCUUUGCAGCUUUGCAAGAUCAUUCCAAAACAAAAUACAAUGGCUUCUAGGAGUUCAUUAUCUACAUCAAAUAGGUCAUCUUCUCCAAAUUCGAUGAAUAUUUCGGCAAUUAAUGAAAAUGAGGUGAAAUUCAAAAUUACUCUUUGCCAUUGUGCAUUAAGUGAGAAUCGUGCUGCUCUUGUUGAGAUGGAGGGUAUUCCAAGUAAAGCACGAACUUUGCGGAUGAAUCUAACAAUGGGGAAGCUUUACCGCAUUAGUAAACAAAAUCGUCCUUCUAUUGCUUGUUACAAAGAUUGUUUAAGGCAUUGCCCUUACAUCUUGGAGGCUGUUACAGCUUUAGCUGAAUUAGGAGUUUCAGCCAAAGAUAUUCAUUCAUUGUUUCCUCAGACACCAAAUAGAAGCGGGAGACCUCCGUUUGAUCAUUUUGACUCUAGCCGUUGGUUGCAGCGGUAUGUUGAGGCCCAAUGUUGCAUUGCUUCAAAUGACUACAAAGGUGGUUUGGAGCUCUUCACUGAACUUCUACAGCGUUUUCCUAAUAAUGUGCACAUAUUACUUGAAAUAGCAAAGGUUGAGGCUAUCAUUGGAAGAAAUGAUGAAGCCAUAAUCAAUUUUGAAAAGGUCCGGUCAAUUGAUCCAUACACUGUUACCUACAUGGAUGAAUAUGCAAUGCUUCUAAAAACGAAGUCUGAUCAUGCCAAGCUAAACAGGCUGGUGCAUGAUUUGCUGAACAUUGACCCAGCAAGGCCAGAAGUCUUUGUAGCUCUGUCUGUGUUGUGGGAAAGGAAAGAUGAAAGGGGAGCUUUGGCUUAUGCUGAAAAGAGCAUCCGAAUUGAUGACAGACACAUUCCAGGCUUUAUAAUGAAGGGUAAUCUGUUCUUAUCACUUAAUCGACCUGAUGCUGCUGUCACUGCUUUCAGGGGAGCUCAGGAAUUAAGGCCUGAUCUUCGCUCAUACCAAGGCCUGGUUCGUUCUUAUUUGUCACUUUCCAAAAUCAAAGAGGCUUUAUAUACUGCCAGGGAGGCGAUGAAGGCCAUGCCUCAAUCAGCAAAGGCUCUUAAAUUAGUUGGUGAUGUGCAUGCUAGUAAUCCUGGUGGGAGGGAGAAGGCAAAAAAAUUCUAUGAAUCUGCCCUCCGCCUAGAGCCUGGUUACCUUGGGGCUGCACUGGCCUUGGCAGAACUCCAUGUUGUUGAGGGCCGAAAUGGGGAUGCAGUAUCUCUUCUUGAGAGAUAUCUCAAGGACUGGGCAGAUGACUCUCUUCACAUCAAGUUAGCGCAGGUAUUUGCAGCAACAAAUAUGUUGGAAGAAGCCUUGUCACAUUAUCAAGCUGCCUUAAGGAUUAAUCCACAAAACGAAGCUGCAAAGAAAGGUUUAGAGCGCUUGGAGAAGCAGAUGAAGGGGGUGGAUCCUGAUGCACCUGAAGAAGAUGAGGAAAAUGAAGUUGACGAUGCUGAAGGAGAACAAGAAGAGGGGGAGCUUUUAUGAAAUUGAGAAGAUUUUGGGCCGUCUUUUUCCUGUUCUUUGUAGUGCUCUGCUGUUACUGAUGCUCCCCAUGCAGGGGAAGUCGGCCAUCAAGCGGUUAAACGAUGAGGACACCACCAACAACGAUGAAGUUUUGCAGCUUUCAGAAAAUUCCGCGACAUUCAUCGCACCGGUUUGGAGAAGAUUAAUGAUCUCAAAGUGUGAAAUAUCAAAUAUUGCCCAUAAACUUAAAGUGUCUGGUCUAACCGUCUAAGAAAGGAAUACAAGGAAAAAAGGAGAGAAGAAAAGAAAAAGAAAAAGAGGAUUCUCAUUGUUUGCGCAAAGCAGGGGGGGGGGGGCGCUGAUUGGCAUGUUUUAUAGAGCCUAUAAUGUAUUAUUGCAGAGAUAUGAUAUCGCCAAUUUAAUGACAUUAUCACCAGUUUCAGGUUAUCGUUUA